GCUCUAAAUACACUCUUCUCAGGAACUCUUCCAUGCUCCUCAUCAGCACAGUCUUGACCUUCCAGAUUUCAAACAGUGAGGCACAAGCACUUUGGUUUUGAGCCACAUCAACGCACACAACUGGUCUCUUCAGCACCUCAGUGGACUCAUGGGUACCAUACUGUCGCUCUCUCCGGGUUCUCGAAAACCUGGUUAUUAUGAUAACCGGCCCAGUUCUCUAAGCCAUUACCCAAGCCUGAGCAGCCGCUCGCUGAACACUCAAAAGGACCGCAACCUCAAACGCGGCCACUCCAUCUUCCUCCCCGCUCUCACCUGGAAACGCCUGGUGGCCUCCACCAAAAAGCGGGGCGAGUCGAAAAAAGCCUAUUCUGGAGGUCAAGGGGCCGUCGGGGCUCCUCUCAACAACAAUAACAUCUACCAGAAGGAUGCGGUAUUGCACCUCAACCGUGAAAAUGUGAAGAAGUCUCUCUCCUGUGCCAAUCUCACUAGCUAUGAUGGUCCUGCAGGUCUGGGUCUGGGCGUAGGGCUGGGUGUGGGAUACGGCAAACCGCAGCAGAUUUCCACUGUUAAGAAGAUCGCACCUACAUGCACCUCCUCACCUAAGCGUGUGAUCGUCCAGGCCUCGACCAGCGAGCUGCUCCGCUGCCUGGGCGAGUUCCUGUGUAGCCGCUGCUAUCGGCUCAAGCAUCUUUCCCCUGCCGAUCCGGUCCUGUGGCUCCGUGCUGUGGACCGCUCACUCUUGCUCCAGGGCUGGCAGGACCAGGCCUUCGUGACGCCGGCCAACGUGCUGUUUGUGUACAUGCUGUGCCGUGAUGUGGUGGAUGGUGACGUGGUGUCUUCAGAGCAUGAUCUCCAAACAAUUCUCCUUACCUGCCUGUACCUGUCGUACUCCUACAUGGGGAAUGAGAUCUCAUACCCGCUCAAGCCCUUCCUGGUGGAGGCGGCUAAAGAGGCAUUCUGGGACCGUUGCCUAGCCAUUAUUGACAUCACCAGUGCCAAGAUGCUGCGCAUCAACGCAGACCCACACUUCUUCACGCAGGUCUUUGCCGAUCUGAAGAGCGAAGGAGGUUGCGCUUUGCAGGACUAUGCUAGAGUUCUGGAUCGGUGAAAAGAAGGAUGAGGCGAAUCUUCGCAAAUGUGACAGCUUCAACAUCUCACACCGUCAUUCCAUCAUUCUGGCCCCCCUCAUAUGCCUUGUCACCUAACAUUAUGAGCCUUGUUUUUGACCAUUCUGCAAGACACAGAAGUAACAUAUUUCUGCUGAAUACAUCAGCUUAGAUCUGUGAGAAUGUCCAGGCUGGUGUAUGUUGGUUUGGUGCUGGUCGAACUGUUGAACUACACAGUCUUUUUGGUGUUUACGAACCAAAAAUGGUUUGUCUUUAUCAGAGAUGUUCAUUCCUGCUCCUUGAGGGCCAACACA